AUUUGAAACUAUUCUUUACGUGCGAAGAUGAAGCGAUAUAAACAAUUUAAGCAUACUUGUAAGCGCUUCCUGACCAACUAAACGGAUUUUUACAACACCAUAUUACUAACAAUGGAUGGACGUUUUUACUUAGAGGAAGAAAUUAACAACAACGAGAUGGCUGUGAGAAGAUCGCGUAUUCCAAUCAGCGUGGAGCUCACUGAAUCAGCCGUUCACCUCUGGGAGUUCCUCAAACUUAUCGACAACUAUCCGUGGCUAUACGAAGGUCUCCACGUCCACAAUGCCGUUCGCCGCUACGAGGUGUACUGGCUUCCCCUGGUGGCGAAAAUCGACCCCCGCUACCCAAUGGCGGCUCCCCUCGACAUAGAGUGGGUAUGGUACGUUCACAUGCUUUCCCCGUACGCUUAUAAUCGUGACUGCCUGCAUCGUUUUGGUCAAGUCGUAAACCACCGGAUCACGACGGCAAAAGAUCGGAACAUCGGCUUGAAUAACGCGCGGGAAAUAUGGGAGAAGGCGUUUCCUAAAGAAGAGUUCAGCCUCGACCUUACAGCCCCUCCUAAAAUCACCGACACCUUCACCUCCAAGUUCUCCUACGACCUGUUUGCGGCCAUUUUUAGGCAAAGGUUCUUUAACUAUCAAGUUGCUCUAAAUCAUUAUCGGGACUUGAAAUUUCUCGAGAAGGCAACAAAGCGUUACAAGGAUUAUCUUCGCGGUCGACUUGAAGAUCCUGGUCUCAUGCUGAGCGGAUGUUUUGACAUUCAACUCAUCUGGCAUGCGCAUCUCAUGCACCCGAUCUUAUACCGUGAGGAUACUCGGCAGCUCUUCGGAGAGAUGCUCGGUCAUUACGACACCGAGACGGCCGAAAGCGGAGUCGUGUCUCGGAACGAUCCGCCAGUGCGGGAAAAGAGCCUCCCUCCGAAGGCCAUACCUGGCGCAAUGUACCGGGGCGAGAAUAUCAUUUGCACGCGGGAACAGAUACUGCUGACGCAAGACCUGGAUCAGCUGACCAUGAGGAUAAAAUUAUUAAGAGAAGACUUUCUCAGUACGGUGUUAAUUGCGACAACAUUGAGGUCGCGUGACCUCAUGCUAAACCCGUGUUGGUUCAACCUACCAUCUCUCUCGUUGUCCUGUGUAAGUACGGUAAUGAACAUUUCCCAAGGGAAGAACAUAAAGAAGUAUGACGUCAGGGUUGUCCAUUCCCUCGCCCCAAUCCUCUCCGCGGUCGAGAUAAUGCACCCGAAAGGCUAUCUGGUCGCGACGGCGCAUACCAUUGCGGGCAAACAGAUUCCGAUGAAGAGUCAACUUGGUGAGCUUGGACCGAACACGUGCGCCUACACGCCCGAGGCACGUGAAAGGGCCAUGCUCAUUCGAAGUCAAAAGGAUUGGGGCAUUUGCGUCGGCCGUUGGAUGGGGAAUAGCGAGUCGGGACACUUGGCAAUCUCAUUUUAUAACAUGCAGACGAACAAAUGGCAAACGGUUAACCAAUCAAAUUCUGCGAACGCUGAAUUCGGUAUUUUUGAAAUUAGCAUAUUCGACGAGACAAAGUCGGUGUUCAUUAAUCUAGGUACCGGAGAUGUGACCGUACCUUAUACGGAUAUCGCCACGUUCCUGCCGGAGAUUAUGGCCUUGGCUUAUUCCAUCGGGGUUCUUUAUGUCCUAUGUCGGGAAAGAACGCGGGAGUUUUACCCGGUCGAACCUUUUCUAUCGAACGACAUGAAGUCUUUACAGCCAUGUCCGUUUUCCAAGGAAAUCCGUGCAUCGCGGGCGACGAAACGGGAUGGUAUAUUCUCGAGCAAGUCCGGCGGUAAAAAAUCUAUGUGGCUGAACCGUGACCCGUAUGUUUCCAGUGUACUGCUGGCAACUGGUCGGAACUGCCCGUGGGCUCCUUCCAACAGCUUCUUGAAGUUCUACCACGAGAAGGUUCCAGCUGUUUUUGAGAGUUGUGUUUCAGGAUCGAACGAUGAUCGAGCUCCGUUAGAUGCAAAGCUUGAGGUCGAGGAACUUGUAGAGUAUCUAGGGGUAACUGGUGGUAGAAAGAGUGGUAGGGGAACACACCGGGAUGAAACAGAUGGCAGACGAGCUAAUCAGGGGUCAAGAGCAACAGCCGAUAAAGAGGAGAGUCAGGAGACGCGCAAUGGGAAGUCUGGUGGUAAAAAGGGUGAUCACGGGACCCGCAAGAAGAAAUCUCGUAAAGAUAAGGAGGGACAUAAGGGUCGUCAUAAGGACGAUCUUACGAAUGGCGGUUCUGGACUUAUGGCAGCUCGUGACCGUUUUUCAAAUAUGCAAAUUAGCGGUCGGGCGGACGAUUUUGAAGAUGAAUAUUACAGAGAACCGCAGGACCCGAAUGAUAAUGAGAGCGUUUUUGUAUGAUCAUGAUAGGACAUUUUUAGUACAGUCGAAUGUAGUUCAAAAUCCUGGUCAUUUUGCUGGUUAAAACACCCUUAAAAUGCAAUGUGCAUGAUAAUAUGGCUAUCCAGGAUACCUUCAUGCAUGCAAUAGUUUUUUUUAUUCGUAGUUCGUAGCAGAAACUCCAUGCAGUUUGGAUGAUUACUUUACUUAUUCAAAACAGUUAUUUUUAGUACUAUGCUUACACAAAUAAUCGAUCAAUGUUUACCCCUAAGGAAACAGGCAAAAUAGCCCAAAAAUGGCUGAUGAAAAGGGAUGAUUCUAAAAUAUUUUAGCCACGGAGUUUCCAAAUUAUAUUUGUACCGAUCGUCCAAACAAGUUCCAGCAAAAUCCAAGAUUAUAGAGUUUGUAGAAAACGUAUGUAUAUUUAGAAUGAAAACUGAGAUAGCUUUAGAUCCAGCCUUUAAUUCUUGUGUGAAAAUUCGGCGUAGCUGGGUCGACAAAAUGCCUUAGUCAUUCAUUAGGUUCAUUUCAUCAUGGAAAUUGUAC